AUGGAGCGCGCAAGGAAGAGAGAGCUCCGGGAUUUGAACGCAGCCGUAUGGGCGGGAGAGACAGAUGUCUUCGAAGUUAGCAAAUCCUUGGAUUCUUCUCUAAAGAAGAACACCGCCUUCAUCAAACGUCUCCGCACUGGAAUCACAGCUUCGGCUCUCUCCACGUUUAUCACCGACGUUCGUUCGCUUUCCCUACAUAAAUAUCUCUCGGAAAUCAUUUCGGCGCUCUAUGAAGGCCUUUGCAAGCUGAAGACGCCAGGGGAAAUAGCGGCUGGCGUAGAAAUAGCCAGUGCGAUUCACCAGCGUUUUGGCCCUGACGAAUUUACGAAGCGACUGGCAUGGAACCUGGGCCGUGGCCUGACGUCACCAGAUAAAGCGCAACUUAAAGCCUGGACUCAAGAUGUUCGUGAGCGGGAAGAGAAGGAACGUCUGUCCCGGCAUCGAGUUCUACUCCGUGUUGUGACGGAAUUCUGGCUCGUUGGACUCCUUCGAAGCUUGGAUGAUGUAGAGAGGCCAGAUGAUUCCGCCGGAAAGGGCAAAGAUUCUGGACCAACUAUAGGUGGAAAGGGACCUGAUGGAAACGCCAAACCUCGACAGUUGCAAUCAUCCUCCAAGCCAAAUCAGGACAAGGACGAGGAACCGUUCCCCCUUGAAGUUUUAAAGGAUCUACUUGGCUAUGAUAGAGAGCAUAUUAAUUUACCGUUAGCUCUGCUCUUUGCGAGAACAUAUAGCUGGGAUAUACUGGGAGUCAAGGCUCUUGAGGAGGGGAGAAAAACAGUUGAGGCAAAUGGUGCAACUACAGAAGGCUCCAAGGAAGGACAUGGAGCUGCGUCCGGUGACGAAUCUCCGACAAACGCAUAUCAAACAGACGACCCACCUCUGAUCUCUGAUAAGCUUCAGAUACGUUUCAAGAAUGUGUUGAACAGGUAUCUCGAGGACGUGAAGAAGCAUGUCAGCCGAGACCAAAAGGCGCUUGCUAACCAGAGUCGUCGAAACGCGGAGGCAUACGUGAAAAGUGGUGAGAUCCUUGAAGACCGCCAGUCGAAUUUCGAGAAGCAGACAAAGACACAUGAAAAACUAGUGUCAAAUACGCAGUCUCUAUGCGAGAUCCUAGGCUCAGAAAUGCCCGACUUAGCCGAAAAGGAAGCCUCAGACGGUGCAGUGAGUGGAAGUAUUGGGCUUGUGAAGACAGGCGAGUACCUACGCGGGCAAGGCGAAGGAGCAGGCAUUUGGGAGGACGAGGAAGAAAGGCGUUUCUAUGAAAAUCUAGCCGAUUUCAAAGGAAAGGUCCCUGCAGUUCUUCUCGAAGAUGGGAAAAAGAAGAAGCCAGACGGUGAUGACCAGGCCAAAGGCAAAACGGAGAAUGAAGCGCAAAAUGGUGUUGCUCCCGGAUCUAAUGGAGCCAGCAAAGUUGAUGCUCCAGCGGCCGAUUCCGGCAUCAAAGAAUCCGAAGAACCAGCUACCGCCAUAGCCAACAAGUCAGUCGGUGCACAAGUCGACGCAUUGCUCUCAAAGCUCCCUGAGUUAGCGAAUAAGGAUGCCGUCGAUCAACUGGCCCUGGAUUUCUGUUUCUUGAAUUCGAAGGCAUCUCGUAAUCGCCUGGUCAAAGCUAUCCAAGAAGUGCCAAAGGGUCGUUCUGACCUUCUGCCAUUAUAUGCACGCCUUGUAGCUACACUUGGCCAAUACCUUCCGGACGUACCUCAGGGACUAAUCACAUACCUCGACGAGGAGUUCCGCAGCCUUCAGCGCCGGAAGCAGAAAGAAUUUCUGGGCCAGGUUCGCACAAGUAACAUCAGAUACCUGGCUGAACUCACGAAAUUCGGCGUUGUCCCAGAACAUGUUAUCUUCCACUGCUUCAAAGUGAGCCUCGACGAGUUUUCCCGAAUGAACAUCGAAAUCAUGGGUAAUCUGCUGGAGAACUGCGGAAGAUAUCUGUUAAGGAAUCCUGAGACUGCUCCCAGAAUGGCAUCCUUCUUGGAGACCCUUGGGCGAAAGAAAUCUGCGCAGCACCUUGGGCAGCAGGAGAGGAUGAUUAUUGAAAACGCAAUGUACUACGUUGACCCUCCGCCUAGACCAGCUAUUCAGCAGAAGGAACGCACACCGAUGGAGCUGUUCAUUCGAAAGUUGAUGUAUUUGGAUAUGAAUAAGCGAAAUUAUACCAAGGUUCUGAAAUCCAUUCGCAAGCUACACUGGGAAGAACCAGAGGUGGUCGGUAUUCUUGAGCGUAUAUUCAGCAAGCCAGGUAAAAUCAAGUAUGGAAACAUUCACCUUCUUGCAAUCCUUAUCAGUGCGCUAUACCGUUACCACCAGGCCUUUGUGAUUGGUGUCAUCGACAAUGUCCUUGAGAGAAUCACCAUUGGCCUCGAGCACAACGAUUUCAAAUUCAAUCAGGAGCGUAUUUCAGACGUCAAAUAUCUGGGAGAACUUUAUAACUACAAGAUGGUCGACUCGCCGGUGAUUUUUGACACGCUUUACCGCAUUGUCACUUACGGACACGAUGGUGGCACACCUUCUCCUGGUAAAAUAAAUCCACUGGACAUGCCAGAUGAUUACUUCCGUAUUCGUUUGGAUCCCAUUCCUAUGGAUGUCGACUUUGUCAUCCAAGACACAUUCGCUCUAACCCGUCCCCAGUGGAAGUUUGCUGCAGACUUUACAGAGGCUACCAAGCUCUUUGCUGAAGCAGUCGCACAAAACUAUCAGGUUCAAGAAGCUGACAAAGUACCAGACCCUGAAGAUGAAGCAGAGAGCUCCUCCUCCUCUGACGAUAUCGAGGAUGACGGAGCUCCUGAUGUCGAUGAAGAGUCCACCGAUGAAGCAGAGGUCACGGCCAACGAACCGGAUAAUGACAACGAAUCCGAAUCAGAGGAAGAGCAGAUCUUCGUUUCUCGACAGGAAGAAGAGCGUGACCCUCAAGCCGAAGCUGAGUUUGACAGAGCCUUCGAAAAGAUGAUUUCAGAGAGUGUAGAAUCCCGAAAAUUCGAACGUAAAACGAUGUUCGACGUUCCGCUGCCCAUGAAGCGUGCAAACCCCCGUGAUACGGCAGCUGUAGAAGAGCCCAAAGAGUCCACCCCGAUACCUUCCAAUACAAUGCCAUUUUCUCUUAUGACCAAGCGGGGAAAUCGCCAGCAGACGCGCACUAUCGAUCUCCCUUCCGACUCUAGCUUUGCGGUUGCGAUGAAGUCACAACAACAAGCGGAGCGCGAAGAACAGCAACGUAUCAAAAAUCUAGUACUGAACUAUGAUCUUGGUGACGACAAUGACAGCAAUGACGGUGAUACCAACAUUUCCUCAACCCAGUUAUUCAUACUACAAAAGAACCCCAAUACUAAAGGCUCAGUCAAAGGUUCCGAAAAGCGAACUUCCCACCGCGACCCGAGAAACGAUAAAGCGGCCCGCAGUGGAUUCCGUGCUCGUAAAUUACAACUGAGCGAUGUUGACUGGUACGGAAAACAAUUUUAA